AUGGAGCGGGAGGGCGGCGGCCCGGGGCCCCCCGCGCCCCACGAGCCCAUCAGCUUCGGCAUCGAUCAGAUCCUGGGCGGCCCCGAGCCCACGGGGCCGCACCGGGCGGCGGCAGAGCCCGACUACGGGCUCUACGGCAGCGGCUACGGCCCCACCGGUCCGCUCGGCUCCUACAACCUCAACAUGAGCAUGAACGUGAGCGUGAACGUGACCCCCGCGCCCGCCGCGCCGCCCGCCGGAGUCAUCCGCGUCCCGGCGCACCGGCCCGCGCCCGCCGCGCCGCCCGCCGCGCCCGCCGCGCCGCCGCCGGGGCCCGCGCUGCCGGGGCUCACCUUCCCGUGGAUGGAGACCACGCGGCGCAUCGCCAAGGACCGGCUCUCAGCCGCGCUGUCGCCCUUCGCGGUGACGCGGCGCAUCGGGCACCCGUACCAGAACCGGACGCCGCCCAAGCGCAAGAAGCCGCGCACGUCCUUCUCCCGGGUGCAGAUCUGCGAGCUGGAGAAGCGCUUCCACCGCCAGAAGUACCUGGCCUCGGCCGAGCGCGCCACCCUGGCCAAGGCCCUCAAGAUGACGGACGCCCAGGUCAAGACCUGGUUCCAGAACCGCCGCACCAAGUGGAGGCGGCAGACGGCGGAGGAGCGCGAGGCCGAGCGGCAGCAGGCCAACCGGCUGAUGCUGCACCUGCAGCAGGAGGCCUUCCAGAAGAGCCUGGCCCAGCCGCUGCCCCAGGACCCGCUGUGCAUGCACAACUCCUCCCUCUACGCCCUGCAGAACCUCCAGCCCUGGGCCGAGGACAACAAGGUGACGUCGGUCUCCGGGGUGGCCUCUGUGGUGUGA